AAAAAACCGAAUUCAGUACGUGACGAACCAAAGAUACAAGGUGUCCAAGCAUAUGUUAGAAGAAUAAACUAAUUACCCGACCAUGGCAAAUAUGUCAGAUAUAUCCUUCGUUGGAUUCCAUGCCUCUGUGAACAGAAGUGAAAUGUCACUGAAGACAGAAAAAUCGAUUCUGAAUACUACAAAUCCGUCUCAUAUUCUAGAGGAGGACCCUUCAAUUUCUCAGGCUACUUCACUAUUUUCAGAAUUUAUGGAUGCUAUGAGAGACUAUGGCAAUGAACAUGAAAUUUUACCACUCUUGUUAUCCUAUGAACAAUUAUGUUCUGAUCAUGUUAAACUUCUCAGUAAAUUACUUGCUGCAUCAGCCCCAAACAACCGACUGAUACAGGAAGCCGGCCUACAAAGGAAUCUUUUAGAGCAGGAAAAACAAACCUGGAUGCUUUUAUAUACGUUAUACGACGAUAGAGUUCGGACUGAUGGUAGAAAGGCUGCAGGCAACAGAUCAGAAAUAGAAUGUAAAACUGAAAAACAAUUAAUUAAAAGACUUUUUGAAAUGGAUGAUUUCGUAAGAACGGCUCAGCGUAUAGUUGAUUGGUUGGAAUACGCUAGCGCCGAAAAAUUAGAAGAAUUUUACAAUAAAAUUCAAUAUUUUAUUGACCAUGCCGGUCAGGCUGGAGAAAACACACUAUUUUCACUGAAAAGAGGAAAAUAUUCUGGUAUUGUACAGCAUAUGGAUCCUGAUGCGUGUAUGAGAGAAAAUCAGAAAUUAACAAGCCUUGAUGAAGAAGAUGAAGACAGACUACUAAGACACAUCUGGGCUUGUAUUCGUGCAGGUCAAUUAGAGGAAGCUCAACAUAUUAGCACGAAAUGUGGUCAACCUUGGAGGGCAGCAACAUUAGAGGGUUGGCGUCUUUAUCACGAUCCUAAUUUGACAAUGGAAGAUGAAGGAGAAGUUGAAGGUAAUACAUCCAGAGAUCUAUGGACCAGUAUCGCCUGGAAAGUUUGUGAAAGUGAAGGAGUAAGCAGUCUUGAAAAGGCGAUCUAUGGAACUCUGUGUGGUCAUCUACCUUCAGUUUUAGCGGUAUGCCAAAGUUGGCAUGAUCACUUCUGGGCAAGAUUAAAGGUGGCUAUACUGGCAAGAGUAGAGCAAGAAUUGUUUACUAUUCGAGUAAGAAGUGCUAAAAUGCUUGCACCACCCGAAGAUCUUAUGAAAAAUUCCGCUACCUCUUUUUCGCAAAUCUUGAAUGACGUCGAAGGAACAGAAAAAGACCGAGUAAAAUAUGAAAGUAAAGAAAAGUAUAAUAUCCUACAAAAGCUUAUUAUCCUCGGAGAUACUUCUGAAUUACUACGGGUCAUGGCCGAAUGGAUAGACGAUGAACUUGAAGAGGAUACCUCUCUAAUAAACAGUCAUUUAUUACGUUUCAUGGCUCAUUUAGUUCUGUUCUUAAGAACUGUAACUACUUUAAAUGAUGCUGCAGCAGAUGACGAUGCAGUUAGGGUCUUACGAGCUUACGUUCAACAUUUAAUCAAAUCGGGUCCGUCAGAAGUUGUAAGCUUUUACACAGCCAAAUUACCAAUUGAUAUGCAAGCAGAUGUCUUGGCCCUUUUCUUUCAAAGCGUUACAGGAAGUGACGACAGACAUGCUCAAAUGUUUAUGGCACAAUCAGUCGGUAUUGAUGUAUACAGCGCAACCAGAGGUGUUGUACAACUCAUUCGAGACGAUCCUAAAUCCACUGACGAAGAAAUAAUAUCUGCUUUAGAAUGGUUGACUUUUGACAGAGGACAGAGAAUGGACGCUAUAAAAUCAUCGAAUUCUAUAAUAAGAAUGUUUUUAAUGAGGGAAAAGUUAGACGUUGCUCGCCAAGUAUUAUCGAAACUUCCUGACCAAUCAAUAGACCAAGUGUUAUCUCAAUGGACAUCCCAAAUGGGAUUUAGCGACCUUCCACCUGAGGAUUCGAACGCUGUCAGAGAGUUAUUAGCACUUAAGGCAUAUCUCGAAGCCAACACAGCUUUCCAAGACUGGUUUACCCAUAUUCAUAGAGAGAGGCCUAACCCGCCCAAUCGACUUACCAGAAACGCUGCAUUUCAAGAUAGGGUUGCAUUUGAGCAAGAAAAUAAAGCAUUUGAAUGCGAAAUGGACAGGUGGCAAAGGGGAGCUGAUAGGUUAGCGCAUGAUGCGGUUGAUAAAUUAUAUAAAGUUUUAAAUUUCCCUGGUAAAUGGCUAAUUGACGAAUAUAGUAGUACAAUUGGUGAUGAAUUAAGACAACAACAGUUAAGAAGAUUAAGACAGUUUUGCAUACCCUCACUGGUUAAUUUACUACUGACGGUGUUAAGGGAAUCUAACAGACUGAGAGAGGCUAUGCAAGUUGCAGAUAUUUUGGCGGACGAAGAAAAGCAAUUGUAUUCAGUCUUUUCCCAAGCGGAUUUGCAGAGAUUAAUGAAUUCAUUCCGAGAAUUUGGCAUGGAGUUCAUGCAAAACCCUGGGAUUGACUCUUUAGGCUAUAAAAAAUAG